AUGUCCACAACACUCGCCAUAACAGACCCCCUGCCCCUGCGCAACUCUACCAGGAGCAUUCCUCGUCUCGGAUUUGGGGUAUAUCGGAUACACGGCAAAGAAUGCGUGCAAGCCACCGGGGCAGCACUGAAAGCUGGGUAUCGACAUAUCGACACGGCGCAAUUCUACGGGAACGAGAAAGAAGUUGGCGAAAUCGUGCGGACGUCUGGGAUUCCUCGUGAUGAAGUGUUUAUGACAACGAAGAUUAUGACCCCAGCUGGUUCGCCAGAGGCGACGUAUCAGAAGGCUGUGGAUAGUGUGGAUAAGAUUGCGGGGAAAGACGGUUAUGUUGACUUGUUCUUGAUACACAGCCCCAGCUCGGGGCAGACAGGGCGAAAGCAAUUAUGGCAGGCUUUGGAAAGGCUUGUCGAGGAAGGACGGGCGAAGAGUAUUGGGGUGAGCAACUACGGUAUCAAACAUAUUGAGGAGAUGAAGGCCUACGCGAAGAUUUGGCCGCCAGAUGUCAAUCAGAUCGAGCUUCAUCCAUGGUGCCAACAGCCCCGGAUUGAUAGGUACUGCAAAGCAAACGGAAUCGUCAUUGAAGCCUACUGUCCGCUUGUCCGCGCUAAUAAGUUCAAUGACCCUACGCUGGUUGGGUUGGCGAAGAAGUACGAAAAGAGCACAGCUCAGAUUCUGAUUCGAUACAGUCUACAGAAAGGUUGGGUACCCUUGCCAAAGAGUAGCACACCGGAUCGAAUCAUUUCCAACGCCGAUGUAUAUGAUUUUCACAUCAGCAAAGAGGAUAUGGGAAUCCUAGAUAGCUUAGACCAGGGUGACGCCGGGGUAGUAGUCGAAUCAGUCAGUGACGACUAA